AGCAUCAAUUCAUCCGUCUAUCAUGAUAAGGCAACAUUGCGUUCGCUAUGUGUAUGCUCAUUUAUGCUAUCGAUCAUGGCGCCACCUUCUAUCUGAUAAGGUACUACGUACCCCUCACCUGGAUUUCCUAUCACGUUCGUCGCUUAUCAUCCCCGCGUAUCACGGCUUCCGCAUUUGAGAAGUAACGCCGAACAUUUCGACAUGGAGGUUGGCUUGGCCUGGACGUUAAUGCGGGACUUGAAUGACAAUUUCCUGCCUUUUCAACAUCACUCUGAUGCCUUGUUCGUUUGAUUUCUCAUCAUCUCUGGCGGUUCGCAUCUCAGCAUGACUUUGAGGCGGAGAUUAGUAUCGCUCGAUCAGCACAUACGGCUCAAGGGCGAUGGGAGCCGACAUGAGCAGACCAACGCUUGGAGUAACCGCGACCUGAUCCCGUUACCACCAGAACGACGAACAUGGGGUUGGUUCAACUUCUUCGGCUUUUGGGCAAUAGCAAGCUUGAACGUCGCGAACUGGCAAACCCCAAGCAUUUACUUGACACUCGGCUUGUCUGUCCCUCAGGCCAUGCUCGUCAUCGUUGUUAGCAGGCUACUUGUCGUCUUGUUCUCCGUUUUAAUCGCCUGGAUCGGCUUGAAGUGGCACAUCGGAUUCACUGUACAAAACCGAUACUCUUGGGGUAUGAGAGGGAGCUUCAUCCCACUUUCACAAAGAAUCAUGCUUAACUUCAUCUGGAACGCUGUGCAAUGUUGGAAUGGAGGGCGUCUGAUUGCAGUAUGCUUGACAGCCAUAUGGCCUUCUUUUGCACACAUGCCAAACACAUUCGGGCCAAGUAUGCCUACCACGACCGAUCAAUUUGUGGGUUUCGUUGUGUUCUGGUUCCUCUCGACGCCAUUCCUGUGGCUUCGCCCGGAAAAGUUCAAGAUUCCAUUUCAGAUCGUGUGUACUUGGUGUGGUGUCGGCAUGUUAGCUUGGAUGAUCUGGGCACUCGCCGUCGCGAAAGGUGUAGGUUCAUUAUGGAAUGCUGGGCAAAUUAUACCCGCUGGCUCUCCGUUCAACUCUUCAUGGCUUAUCAUGGCUGGCAUCAACCAGGGCAUCGGUGGACUAGCGGCUGGAAUAACGAACGGUUCGGACUUCUCAAGGUAUGCUAGUGCUCGCAGGCACUAUGUCUACAGCACAAUCACUAGCUGUUUUAUUACGGGCAUUCUGGUCUCAUUCGUAGGUCUCGUCACUGCAGCUGCAGCACAGAAGAUCUAUGGCGAAGUGUACUGGAAUCCUCCAGACCUUCUUAUGGUCAUGAUGGACAAUGGAAACGGCAGUUCGAAAGCUCGCGCCGGCGUCUUCUUCCUAGCCGCAGGGUUCGCAUUCACAGCGAUGUUCGAGAACAUAUGCGGUAAUGCUAUCGCUGGAGGUAUCGAUCUGGCCGGACUGUUUCCUCGAUACAUUGAUAUACGCCGCGGCGCCAUCAUCACCUUCGUUGCUGCAUGGUUUGUACAGCCAUGGCAGCUUAUCAACCGCGCCACGACCUUCAUUGCUGUGUUGUCAUCAUUCUCCGUCUUUCUGGUCCCGAUCAUAGGUAUCAUGGCCACUGACUAUUACUUGCUGCGGGAGAGGAGGAUCACGCUCACUCACUUGUACAAGACUGCUGACUCUUGCUACUACUUCUGGAGAGGGUUCAACUGGCGAGCGAUACCAGCAUGGAUAUGCGGAUGGGCUCUGACUAUUGGAGGGCUGAUUGUUACCGUUAGAGGGGAUCUUUCCCCACCACGGGCAUUGGUGCAGCUGUACUAUAUGGCCUUCCUCAUCGGCUUCUUCAUAAGCGCUAUAGUCUUUUAUGUUCUCAACAUCGUCUUCCCAGUCCCUAGUAUGGAUCAGAUGGACUCGGUCGAUGUGUAUGGAACGUUCACCGCAGCGGAAGCUCGACGGAUCGGCGUUGCCCCACUUGAAGAAGGCCCAUCAGCUGUUGGUAUCACUGGCAUAUCCGUCGAACCAGAUCUAUCGGAGAAAGACGCCAUGGGUGAGAAGAGAGUAUGA